GUGAGGAGGCGGGGAAGCGAGUGUCCGGCCCCAGUCAUGGAGGGCAUGGACGUGGACCUGGACCCCGAGCUGAUGCAGAAGUUCAGCUGUCUAGGCACCACCGACAAGGACGUGCUCAUCUCCGAGUUCCAGCGGCUGCUUGGCUUCCAGCUCAACCCGGCCGGCUGCGCCUUCUUCCUGGACAUGACCAACUGGAACCUACAAGCAGCAAUUGGCGCCUAUUAUGACUUUGAGAGCCCAAACAUCAGUGUACCCUCUAUGUCCUUUGUUGAAGAUGUCACCAUAGGAGAAGGGGAGUCGAUACCUCCUGAUACUCAGUUUAUAAAAACAUGGCGGAUCCAGAAUUCUGAUGUCAUCUGGGUGAUUCUCAGUGUGGAGGUGGGUGGACUUUUAGGAGUAACGCAGCAGCUGUCAUCUUUUGAAACGGAGUUCAACACACAGCCACAUCGCAAGGUAGAAGGAAACUUCAACCCGUUUGCCUCUCCCCAAAAGAACCGACAAUCAGAUGAAAACAACUUAAAAGACCCUGGGGGUUCCGAGUUCGACUCGAUCAGCAAAAACACAUGGGCUCCUGCUCCUGACCAAACCGAGCAAGAUGAGAAUAGACUCUCACAGAACUCUGUAAAUCUGUCCCCCAGCAGUCACGCAAACAACUUAUCAGUAGUGACUUACAGUAAGGGGCUCCACGGGCCUUACCCCUUCGGCCAGUCUUAAACGGGUGUCAGCAAGAAGAAAAAUUAACAAAGGACAGAAGGCCUGACUUUGGUGGGGGGAGGGCAAGGGGUUCCUCUGGAUUGCAGACCACAUCGCACGGACCCUUGGCUCUGACCCCCUCCCCAUCCUGGAAGAAGAGGAAGAAGCAGAACAGACUAGUUUUGAGUAAACUCGGUAUGCAUGUGUGAAUGCUGAAUCACUGGAAUGGUGUGGAGGCUACCAGGAAGAAAUCCAUGCAGCCACCUUCGGUUUUUAUUAGGCGUCAGUCUAACAAGUCAUUAGGUCACUCGGGAAGGGAAAAAAAGUUUAAAAUGGGGGGAAAAAAGCCAUCUUUUUAAACAAAAAUUAUUUUGCCUACAGACAGGUUGUAGUUUUGAGCACAUGUUAGUUUUUCUCCCUUUUUCCCCACUUUUAUUUUUUUAGGUAAGGGAUAACGUACUCUUUAUAGAAUAGCUGCUUGCUCUGGAAGUGAUUCAGGUUAAAAGCUGGCGUGGCAUGUUUGGAGACUCUGCGGGUCAGUGCUGCAAUAGGAGGACAUCUGCCGUGCCACCUGACUCCAGAAGUCUCUGACCCCAUUUGUUUUUAAUGGCAUUAGCCAAUGAGUUAUCACAUUUUUCCUCUUCUUUUCUCUUUAAUCUGUUGAUUUACACCUUUGACAUUUGUAUUUGUCAACCCUGUGGUUUGUUACCAUCAGAACAUCUCUGAAGACCAAACUUCCCUGUGUGGCCAGCAGAGGAAGCCUUGAGGACAGAUCUGGGGUGACGUGGGAGUUUCUGAGGCCGACAGGUGUCCUUCUGCACACACUUGUAACAAUUCAAAUUGCUUUUCUUCCAUGUUUCUCUUGGCAGAAAUGCCAUCAUGCUUACUGGAUUCUUCAUACACAGUGGCUCCCCAAUCACUCUGGUAACAGUGCCUCUGUGCUUCGUAUAUGCGUGUGCUACAUGCACACACACGGGUCUUUGUGCAGCUCACCAGCGAGUGUGCAGCAGGCAAGUGUGAAGGUGUCCCAUACUUCUCUGUUGUCACACAACUCCCUUCCCUGCGUUUCCUCUCAGUUGUUUUUUUGUGGUGGUUUCACAGCCUGUUAGUGGAUGCUGAGCUGUUAAGGUUUGAAAAUAUAGCCACAAAUGGGAAAUUUGCCAUGGGGAAGGGCCACAGCUACUAUGUGACCUUGGAGACCUACAUUUUGAUGGAAAUGAAAGGACCCCGCCCCACCCUGAGUAGGAUGCCUAGAUAUUGGGAGAUGGUGGGGGAGGGGCAGCCCAGCCAGAGCAGAGACUGAUUGGCUGGCUGCUCGCUUGGGCAGGUGGCCCCAGUGGCAUCUUGUGGAUUCCAAACAGGUUGAGAUAUGAUAUCUCUAUGGGAAGCUUGAACCAGGCUAGAACAGCUGUCUGCCAAAGAUACAAGAAUAUGCAAAGUCCCUCUUCUCUUCUCACCCCCUCCUUCCCUCGAGUCUUGGUUGGUUUGAUAGCAGGGGAUAUGGAUCUAAGGUGCGGUUUCCCACCUCUUACCACACCCGCACCCAUCCUGGGUGUGUGAGACAAGCAGGGAGACCAUGUGAUGAGCGGCUGCAAUGGGUUAUAUAGCCUGUGUGUGGGUGAGGGUCUGCCUGCCUGUCUGUCUCUGUCUGGGUGUCUGAGUUCCAAAAAUGUGUAUUGUUUGUUCCUCCUCAUCCUCUUCUGAGACUGUUGUUUUUCAAAGCUUGAUUGUGGGAGAAAAGCUUGUAUGAAAUUACCCCUUUGCCUCCCCACCUCCCAAAAAAUAAAAGGGAGAAUAAAUUUUGGUCUGCUGGAGAAGCCCUGGGGGAGAACAGAGCCAGCCUGCUGACCAGGGCAGUACAGCUAGGUCUGGGGCUGAACAAGGGCUCACACUGGAGCACCUACUUUCUAUGCACAUGAAGAGUGCCCCAUUCCUAAGCAGAGCAGAGAGGAGUCCCUGUCGGGUGCUCAAGCUAGGGGCUCACGAUGGCUUUUUGUCUGAGGGCCCUGUUAGGCCCAGACUGCCUCUACUGUUGAUGCCAACCUCCUGGGACACCGCCACCCUGGAGCCCACCCAUGCCCAGCAUUCUCCUUACUAGCCCUCAAAGCAGCACGUCUCAAGCUGCCCCUGGCAGCAUCAUGAGAGGCUUUCCAUCCCCUGGUUUCCUGGCUUCCUCAUCUUCCCCACUCUAGGUGCUCCUUCCCUGUGUCCUAGGAGGGCUGCCUGCCGUUACUCGGCAGGGGCUUCAGAGGCCCUGUCAGAGGCAUCCUGCUCUUCUUGAUUGUAGGUAGCCUGACCUGGCAAGGUAAGUAUCCCAAGCACGUUGGCUUCCCUCUCAAGAACAAACCAUUUUUGUACCCAUUCUUGGAGAAGUGAGGUCCCAGCAGAAGCCCAAGCAAGUACCAGCCAUGGAGUAGGGGCAGGGAAUCUAUGGCUCCCCCAGGACCAGGGGCCUGUCAAUACCACUCAUUCUGCCUCUCACUGGUUUGGGUUCUGAACAAUGCCUAGAGCCCCUUUCCUUCCCCGCCAGUGGGGUGGUAGAUGCUACCCUCUUAGCCCCAGUAGCCUCUGUUCCUCGUCACCAACCAGCAGGCUGCCUCUGGGCAGGACUACUAACGUCGGUGAGGGAGGCACCAUCCUUAGUGUCCUGAGUCCAGUGUGGGAGGCAGAGAGGCUUAGGUUUGGGGAGAACCAAUUUGUGUGCAUGGAGUGAGGUGUGUGUGGAUGUGUGUGCACGUGUGCAUGCCUUUUUUUUUUUUCUUUUUGUCAUGGGGACAGUUGAAUUUGGGGCAUUUUUCUACAGGAAACAGCCUUCUCUCCCUCAGUAAGGACUGCCUGUAACCUGAAGCCCAUCAAAGGCAUUUCUAGCCUAAAAAGAACCUCACCAAGACAGCUGGUGGCCUGAGGGUGGCCAAGGUGGGAAGUGGGCGUGAGAAUAAACACCUCCCCAAAUUCAAUCUGGGCCCCAGCAGGAGAGGAUGGUGGGGUUGCCAAGGCUCAGAAAAGCAAGAUGAUUCCCCACUCCACCCUGCCUUGCCUUUCCUUUGUUUCCUUGGGUGAAUGCUGGAGCAGCAAUGGCUGCCCCCUCCACCUGAACAAUGGUGUGUAGUAAGCGAGCUGGGUGGGUGUUUGUGGUGGGGUCUCAUGGUGCCUGAGAGAUGAAGAUGAGGAGGUUUUUCCUUACUGUAUAAAUGAAUAUUUGUAUGAUUAAAUUAACACACACACACAAAAACUA